GAGUCGAUGUGCCGAAUGGAUCAAAGAUGAGGAACGCAACUGCCUUCACCUUUUUUCAUUUGACAGGAUUGAGCCACAUGACGCAACGGCUUCGAGUGCUUCUUUUCGUAAUUACCUGGCUGUGUUACGCUGCCAUUUUGCUGGUCAAUCUUGUUCUUAUUGUUACUAUCAUACGAGAGAAAAAACUGCACGAACCCAUGUACUUGUUUUUAUGCAAUCUAUGUUUUAAUGGCCUUUAUGGGACUGUUGUCUUUUUCCCCAAAUUCCUUCACGAUCUGUUGUCGAAAAGUCACGUUAUAUCUUAUUUUGGCUGUCUGUUGCAAGUCUUUGUCAUCUAUUCUUACGCAGCGUCUGAAAUUGCCAUUUUGACAGUGAUGGCUUACGACCGCUACGUGGCCAUAUCUCGACCGCUGGAGUAUCACUCCAUUAUGACAAAAGGCAGGAUGGUGUUCUUGAUGCUUUACUCCAGAGUAACACCUUUGAUCUGCCAGGCCAUUGUGGUAAUCAUGAGCUCCAAAUUGGAACUUUGCGGUUCCCUCAUUGACAAAGUCUACUGCGAGAACUGGUCCCUCCUUCAACUGUCCUGCAAUCCUACAACAUCCAACAGUAUUGUCGGAUUUGGGAAUAUUGUAUUUUACUUUGUACACGACCUCUUCAUUCUGUGCUCCUAUGUGCAGCUGGUUAAAUUAGCUUCGAGGUCUAAAGAAGGGAAAAAGAAGUUCUUGCAGACGUGUGUGCCGCAUUUGCUGUGUUUGGUCAACAUUACCGUGGCUUUGCUCUUUGACCUCAUGUACGCUCGUUACGGCACCAGCUCCAUGCCUCGGAGUCUCAGGAAUUUCAUGGCCAUCCAAAUUCUCGUCAUUCCACCGUUACUCAAUCCGAUCAUUUACGGCUUGAAACUGUCCAAGCUUCGAAACAAAGUUUUGCAAUAUUUUAGAGGGAAGAAGAGCUUUGAAUAA